AUGCGUCUAUUAGAGCCCGCUAUCAACGUGUUGAAGAGUACUGCCGAAGAGCGACGAGUGCCUAUCCCUGCAGUUGCACUAAAUUACUCAAUCAACAAAGGUGUACUGCCUUUGGUUGGUGUACACGAUGCUGAACAGGCUGAGCAAGAUAUGCAGGCGCUUGGGUGGCGGUUAUCUGGGGAUGAGAUGAAACGUAUUAAAAGGGUCAGCUUCUGGGGACAGACGUCCUCGUUCCUGCAGCAGGAUUAG